UUUAGAAUUAAAAAACCUAUUUUUCGUUAUACAUUAGUCUUCUUUUGUAUUUUUAACAUAUUCUUAAUUUUUUAGCUGUUUUAACCACUAUAAUACCAAAAAUUUUGCUUUUAAUUUAACUUUUAAUCCAACAAAUAUGAACUAACAGUUAUGAAUCGCAGUAAACAUCAUGAUGCAACAAUUCCUAUCACAGAAAAGCCAAAACACCAAAAAACUUAACACGAAAAAAGAAUGUGUCAACUUCAUUCUACACUUCUUAGCGUGGAAGGGCUAUAACGCCUGCUCAGUCAAUGAUUUGCUGAGAUCUCCACCGCUAAAGGUUCUCUUGGACAUUUGGAACUUUCUUUUCAGGCUUGUCGACUCUAAUGUGAGAAUAACGAAGGAGAACAUGGCAGUCGAGGUUCCAAAAUUUUACAAUGAUUUCGGAUACCCACAUAUAAUGACAACAUCGCACCUAAAAACUCCAACAGCUGAGCGUCAGUGGGAGUCAAACUUAAUGGCACUCUCAUGGCUAUGUAAAUUACUAUUGUACGAACACGAGAAUUUUCACAAGGAUUUUGAAAAGAAAACCACCAUGACGCACACAGAUGAGUACAUGUUCAACGAGGCAUCAAAGAUGAAUAUUAAGAACCCUCUAACGUACAAAACAGUGACGGAAUGGGCAACAGCACAUUUACAAUUGUACAUUAACGUGGUUGAGAAGAGAAAAUCAAUUCCGAACGACUUUGAGGAGGAGUUAAACAGUGUUUUAUCGAGGCUCGAUUCAUCAGUUAACUCGAAAAUGAAACAGCUAAACCACCUACGCUCAGUUUCAGAGGAACUCCAGAAAGAAAAUCAAGAAUUCGAUGAUCUGAAGGAAAGAGUAAAUACAAUUAAAAUAGAGAUACAAACAAUAGAUGAACUCACAAAUAAAGUUAAGGAUUACUGCAAAAGACUGAAAAACGAACUUGAGUUCAGAGAAUCAAUUCUGGCUCAGGAAACCAACAGUUUGCUUCAAAUGGAAAACAGUAACAAGGAGUUUAAUGAUAAAAUGAACUUAACAAUAAAUGGAAAAAACAUAAAGGAAAUUAAUCAAGAUAUAAGCGAGCUAAAGUUGAAGCUGAAUAAUUGUUCAAAGAAAAUGAGGGAACUUGAGAACGAUCGACUUUCGUUAUCUUCGGAAAUUACUGCAAAGAGACACCAACUUUCAAAAUGCCUGACAACAGCCACCAAAAACUAUAAUCUUAUAGUGAAAUCGCUAUCUGUAGCAGGAAUUGAUGCAGAAAAUUGGAACGAGUUUGACAAAUUGAUUAAAAAAGUCGACCCUCACUCACUAGAAGACUCGAAAUCAUUUCCUGAUGAGUGCUUGAAACUGGCUACUGACAUUGUAGUUAACGAAACCUUGACACUGAAGCAUGAUUCUGAGCUAUCACUUCAAGGAGGAAGUUUGUCUGAUUUGAAGAAGACCCUGAAAUCACUAGAACAAGAAAUUGAGGAUCUAAGAACAAUGGAGUCAGAAUUCUCUAAUUCUACAGCAUUUAAUAAGGAAAAAUCACACUUAAUUUCUGAAAACGAGUACUUAGUCUCGAUGAUAAAGUCAAAUGCGAAGGACCAAAUGGAGUUGACUAAGCGAGAGAUGGAAAACACUAAGAAUGAUCUCGAUUUGGCAAAUAAACGCUUAGUGGAGGCAAGAUCUCAGGCCAAUUCCAGCCUGCAAAAGUACAUUAAAGGGCUGAGAGAUGUUGUUGAGCAAAUAGAAAAUUACAAGAUGAAGAACUGUAAUGCAAUCAGAGAGCUAAUUGACUUCCAAAGAAAGUCAGCUGAGGAGGUUCUCGAAACCAAAUAAUAUCUUUUAUUUAAAA